GACGUUAGAUGACGAAUCAUGUCUCCACUUCUCCUCCUCCACCAUCAUCACGGCGACGACUUUUUAUUCUCUUUCCCUUUUUCUCAGUUUUUUCCUUAAAUGGUUUCUUGAUAUCUUUCUUCACCACCUGCUCUCUCUUUUCCUCUCAUCCUCUCGUUUUCGAUCUUUUAACAAUUUCUCUUAAAACCUAGUUUCCACUUGCAUUCCCAUUUUUUUAAUUUUCAAGUUUACGCUUCAUCCUUCCGAUCCCUUACUCGACGUUAGAUUCCUUCUGCGUUUCCCGCCAAUUUGAUCGGAGAAAGGAAAUGGAGAGAGUGAAUCUAGGAGGUUUAGGUUAUGAAAAUGGAGGAGUGAUGAUGACUAGAGAUCCUAAACCGAGGCUGAGAUGGACCGCCGAUCUCCACGAUCGCUUCGUCGACGCGGUCGCAAAACUUGGUGGCGCAGACAAAGCAACUCCUAAGUCGGUUCUGAAGCUUAUGGGAUUAAAAGGCUUAACAUUGUACCAUCUCAAAAGCCAUUUACAGAAGUAUAGACUUGGUCAACAGCAAGCGAAAAAACAAAAUCGAACAGAACAAAACAAGGAAAAUGCUGGAAGUUCAUAUGUGCAUUUUGAUAAUUGUUCUCAAGGAGGAAUCUCGAAUGAAUCAAGAUUUGAUAACCAUCUUAGACAAAGUGGGAAUGUACCUUUUGCUGACACGUUGAGACAUCAGGUCGAUGCACAACAGAGGUUCCAAGAACAGCUCGAGGUGCAGAGAAAGUUGCAGAUGAGAAUGGAGGCACAAGGAAAGUAUUUGUUGACUUUACUAGAGAAAGCACAGAAGAGCAUGCCCUGUGGUGGUAAUGGAGGAGAGACAGACAAGGGUCAAUUCUCCGACUUCAGUCUCGCACUUUCAGGACUUGUAGGAGAUCAUGAUCACAAGAAUGAUAAGACGGGUUUGGUUACUAAUAUCCUACACGUUGAUGGUGAUUUGACCGAAGAUUUUCAGUUAUGUGGAGAAAGAAAGAAAGGAGAAAACGGAGAUGAAGGUGUUAAACCUGAAUCCGGGUUUGUGCACUUUGAUUUGAACUCCAAAGGUGGGUAUGAUCUCUUGAAUUCUGGGAAGUAUGGGAUUGAAAUGAAGCCAAAUAUGAUUGCAGAUAGACAUCAAUAAGUCAAAGAGACACUUUAAUUUAUUUCCUUUUUUCUUUAAUAGAAUGUUACACAUAUUGGCUUCAUGUUUUCAUCACACUCAAAUAUCAAAACUCUUUGAAGUCUGGCCA